CCGCCCAGCCCGCAUUCUCCUCCGGCCGCAGCGGGUGCAGCGCGCUGCCCUCGCGCGGGACCGGCCGCCUCCAUGUCCUGGGCCGCGCUCCUCGGCCUCCUGGCCGCGCUGCUGUUGCUGCUGCUGCUGCUGAGCCGCCGGCGCGCACGGCGACCUGGUGAACCUCCGCUGGACCUGGGCAACAUCCCAUGGCUGGGCCACGCCCUGGAGUUUGGAAGAGAUUCGGCCAGCUUCCUCACUAGGAUGAAGGAGAAGCACGGUGACAUCUUUACUGUGCUGGUCAAGGGCAGGUAUGUCACUGUCCUCCUGGACCCGCACUCCUACGACACGGUGACCUGGGAGUCGCGCACCAAGCUGGACUUCCACGGCUAUGCCGUCAUCCUCAUGGAGAAGAUUUUCAACGUGCGGCUCCCACAUUACGACCCCAGUGACGAGAAGGCCAAGAUGAAACUGACCCUGCAGCACAGAGACCUGCAGGCACUCACUGACGCCAUGUACUCCAACCUCCGCACUGUCCUGCUGGGGGAGCCCGCAGAGGCGGCUGGUGACUGGCACAAGACGGGUCUCUUCGAGUUCUCUUACAGCGCCCUCCUCAGAGCCGGCUUCCUGACCUUGUAUGGAGUGGAGGCGUCACCAGGCACCCCUGAGAGCCAGGCCCAGGACCGCACCCACUCAGCCGAGGUCUUUCACACCUUCCGGCAGCUCGACCUGCUGUUUCCCAAGCUGGCCCGAGGCUCCCUGUCAGCAGGGGAGAAGGACAGCGCAUGCAGCGUCAGAGGUCGCCUGUGGAAGCUGUUGUCACCAGCCAGCCUGGCCCCCCGAGCGCUCAGGAGCAGCUGGCUGCAGAGUUACCUUGGGCACCUGGAGGAGCUGGGGGUAUCGCCAGAAAUGCAGGCGCGGGCCCUGGUGCUGCAGCUCUGGGCCACACAGGGAAACAUGGGCCCUGCUGCCUUCUGGCUCCUGGUCUUCCUUCUCAAGAAUCCAGAGGCUCUGGCUGCCGUCUGUGAGGAGCUCGAGCGCAUCCUGUUGCAAACAGAGCAACCUGUCUCACCGAUGGGUGCCCUCCCGCAGAAGGCCUUAGACAACACACCCGUGCUUGACAGCGUGCUGAGCGAGAGCCUCAGGCUUACAGCCGCCCCCUUUAUCACCCGGGACGUUGUGGUGGACAUGGCCCUGCCUCUGGCAGAUGGGCGGGAGUUCGCUCUGCGACGCGGUGAUCGACUCCUCCUCUUCCCCUUCCUGAGUCCCCAGAGGGAUCCGGAAAUCUACACAGACCCAGAGGUAUUUAAGUACAACCGAUUUCUGAAUCCCGAUGGAUCUGAGAAGAGAGACUUUUAUAAGGGAGGGAAACGGUUGAAGAAUUACAACAUGCCGUGGGGCGCGGGGCACAAUCAGUGUCUGGGGAAGAGUUACGCCAUCUACAGCAUUAAACAAUUUGUGUUCCUCAUGCUGACGCACUUUGACCUGGAGCUGGUCAGCACGGACGAGGAGAUCCCCAAGUUCGACCUCAGCAGAUACGGCUUCGGUCUGAUGCAGCCGGAGCACGACGUGGCCGUCCAGUACCGCGUCCGGCCAUGACCUGUGGGAGCCUCCAGCCAGCCUGUCCAGCUUCCUGACUUUUCUGUGCCAGCACUGCCAUGCCCCUGCUCUCCCCCUACAUGCCUGCGCCUCGGGGUGAGAACAGAGUGGAAACCAUAAAAGACAUCAAAGUCAAGAAAAGACAUCGAACAUUCUACAUCUUAUCACAGCAAAGUUUUAGUUCUAAGUCAGGCUCGCUCUUUCUUUUUCUUUUCUUUUUCCCCUUUGAGACAGAAUCUCUGUAUGUAGUUCAAACUGGCUUUGAACUCAUUAUGUAGCCCAGGCUGGCUUCAGACUCACAGUGAUUCUCCUGCCUCAGCCUCCUCAGUGCUGGAAUUACAGCCAUGCACCACCAUGCCUGGCUAAAUCAGGCUCUUUCUGCUGCCAAGGCACCUUUCCUUCUCGCCUUGUGAUCUCCACAAAAGCUAAUCUAAACAGGGUAGAGUCAGGAGUGCUUACUUUCAUGACCCCAACUCCCAGAGGACUCAGUGUCCCAGUCUUGCACAACUGCUGUGGCCUGGGCCUUCACCAGUCAAAGAGAAACCGGCCAUGGAGAGGCCUGGAUAGUCCUGGCAGUGUGUCCAUUGGCAUAAGUUCUGUCCCCAGUUAUUCAAGUAGCCAAACCCAAAGAGUCCCUUAGGCCAUCUCUCUCUGGAUGCUGCCUCUAAUUCAUGAGGGUACUGGCGAGCUCCCGCAGGCUGGUGCACCCAGCCACAGGCACUGCCACACUCAGCACUGGGCACAGAGGCACAGAAGUCUUAGUUCGCGAGCUGCAGGCACCAAAUGGGCUGAGCUUUCCCUGCUCGAAGACUCAAGUAGGGACCUGAGUAAGACAACCCUGCCAAGGUGGCUGGCAGGAGCCAGCCAGGGCUCUGCAGGUGGCUCAAGGUGAACCCCAAAAAGAAAUGAGCUUCUGGGCUCCAGUGCAGAUGCUUCCACCGCUGCUGCACAAUCCAGGCUGCAUUUGGGUUCAGCUGGGCCUGCACUUUAGAAAGUCAGUUUAGAGCUGCAUACGGUGGUACGUGCCUGUGAUCCCAGCUACUUGGGAGGCUGAAGCAGGAGGAAUCAUGAGUUCAAGGCCAGACUGGGCAAUUUGGCAAGACCCUGUCUCAACAAAAUAAAGCAAAACCAAACCGGAAUUGUUAUCACAUCACCAUUUUUAGAGUUGUGACAGAUGUCCAGCUUCUUGGAAACUUGGAAGCCGGGGCCACACUGAACCACAUUGCCCAGGGAAUCACUGGCCAAGCUGAGUGACAGUAUCCCCUUAGUAUGGACAUGUGCUGUGGUCCUCACAUUUGGGCUGCAUUGCACCUGGCCUGAAGGCACUGGACUCUGAUGCACUACAUGGACCAUAAGUGAUAUUGUACGAGGUGGGGGUGGUAACCAGCUAGUGGGGCUCCAGGCCGGUCAUUCAUGACAGUCUUGAAAGAAACAGAUCCAUGAUGAAAACGUGCCUUUGCCUCAGCUUUGGGAACAAACCCGCUUAAGAAGAAAACAUUGUCUGCAAACCUUGA